AUGUCCAUGAGACAUGUCGCAAGGAGGCAUACCGUAACACUUCUUUCCUACAGUGAUAUGACCUUGAUCAUCAAGCCAUUUGUAAGAAGUGAUGAGAAUGCUGAGAAAUAUGUUCCCAUUUUCUCACAAAUGAUCAGAAGCACUGGAAACCAAUUUGAAAGCAAAAUCAGACAGCUCAUUCUUCAGUACAGUGACCAGGAGGCUACUGAACUACAAAUGGCCAAGUUGGCUGAGACUGCAGAUGAUUGGCUGACUCAAUAUGCUAGGAUUGAAGUUGCUGAAGUGCCUGCCAACCUCAGAGCUAGCUUGAUGCUUUAUGAGGGAGUGGAGAUCAAUCAGGUUGCUCAGAAUACCACUUUUUCUAUGAGAGAAAAUAUCAAUGUGUUGAGCAAGGAACUGCAGAAGCUGCUGCACUUCCUUUGGAAACAAGAUGCUGCUGAUACUGUCUUGUUUGCAAGGAGGAAAACACAAAUCUCUGACCAUCUUAAGCUCAAUGAUUCUUCUACUCAAAUCAUCCAAAUGGGUCUGAUUGGUAAGCUUUUGGUUGAUGUUUUGCUUGAGAAUCCAUGCAGCACAAGUCAAUAUCCAUUGGGCUGUUCCUAUGCUGCAUCUAGAUGCUUCUUCAUUUCCAAGGGCAAACUUGUGUUAAGAUCAGCUGAUGAGUCUGCUUCCCAAGUUGCCACCAUAAUGCACUUGUUCAGAUUGGCCUACUGUUCUGUUGUGGGGACUAUGAGCAAUCCUCUUGGAUACAUGGAAGGAGGAAAAGUCCUGGUGAAAACUGUUAUGGAGAGGCCCAUGAUGAACACCUUUGGACCUAUGAUCAGACAGCUCAGAGAGAUUCAGAUGCAGAAACCCAAGAUUAUUGACAGGCAUUUCUCCAGGAAUGGAGAGAUAGUGGUUCAAGGUCUCAUCUUCAAGCCAGAAGUUUGGAAGACUCUCAUUCCAAGGGUUGUUGGUGCUGCCAGACUUGUUCUAAGUCAGAUCUUUGAUGGAAAGGAUUGGGAAGUCUUUUUGACCACAACUCUGCCUUUGCUCAAUGUCAGAAUAUCAGGUGGAGCUGAUGAUGGUGUGCACUUUCAAGUUCAACAAGCCAGUGGAGAUGUGUCCAGUGAUUCUUUGGAGCUGUCUCCUCAGCUCAAUGAAAUGGACCAAGAUCAUCUGUCAUCAAUUGUUGAGUUCUGUUUACAUGGUCUGGGUCUUGGCAGUAUGAGACAUUCAGAAACUUUAGGCCUCCAAGAUUUUCAAGUUCUCUGGGGGAAUGGUGCUUUGUACUUCUAUGCCAAAUCUACAAAGAAGUGGAAGGCCCAAGUGCCUGAUGAUCUUCAAGUCAGGCAUUUCUUUGCAAGUCUGUCCAACUAUUUGUUCCCUGUGCAAGAUGAUGGGAAGGCCACCACUUCUGACAUGGUUGCCAUGCAGAGUCAUCAUGCUCCUUCCACUCAUGCCAGUACCUACUUUACUCAUAGGAAGACCCAUCUUGAGGACUACUAUGAUGCCUACCACUUUCACCUUGGAGACAAGGAUACUCAGUGGACCUAUGAUAUUCCCCUGGAUGUUCUGCCUGAGCAAACCAUUGUUGCUGCUCUCAAAAUCCUGUAUGGUGGUGAAGCAAAUUGGCUGUCUGAGACUCAGAGAAGUAUGGUUCUGACAUGGUCCACAUUAUCCAAGAAUGUGGUAGCCAAUCUACCUUGUGGUGGAGGGAAGUCUGCUGUGUGGGAGGUGACAGCCUACACCAGGCACAGAGUUGGUUUGACAAGGAAGUGCACUGUUGUGGUGGUUCCCUACAAGUUUCUAGCCUACAAUCACUACCAUUCUGCAGAAGCCUAA